AGUAGACCAGUUUCUAGACCUGUAUGUAAGAUCGUGACUGAAGCGGAAUGGCCGAUCUCAGGUUUUUCUCUGAUUUCAAGUAUAUAUAAAACAUGAGUGCUGAGGAGAGACUGGUGACUGAGGUACCUAGCAGUUUGAAACAACUGGCGCGUCUCGUUGUGCGUGGAUUCUAUACAAUAGAGGAUGCUUUAAUUGUGGAUAUGCUGGUUAGGAAUCCGUGUAUGAAGGAAGAUGACAUUUGUGAAUUGCUAAAAUUUGAGCGCAAAAUGUUGAGAGCCAGGAUAUCUACGUUACGAAAUGAUAAGUUUAUUCAAGUAAGAUUAAAGAUGGAAACAGGAUCAGAUGGCAAGGCACAGAAAGUUAAUUAUUACUUUAUUAAUUACAAGACAUUUGUGAAUGUAGUAAAGUAUAAACUUGACUUAAUGAGAAAAAGAAUGGAAACUGAAGAGAGAGAUGCAACGAGUAGGGCUAGCUUUAAAUGUCCAAGUUGUUUAAAAACAUUUACAGAUCUUGAAGCGGAUCAACUUUACGACAUGAGAACUGAUGAAUUUAGGUGUACAUAUUGCCGGGAAAUAGUAGAAGAAGAUCAAUCUGCUCUUCCAAAGAAAGAUUCUAGAUUAUUAUUAGCAAAGUUUAAUGAACAAUUGGAACCAUUGUAUAUAUUAUUGAGGGAAGUAGAAGGAAUCAAAUUGGCACCUGAAAUAUUAGAACCAGAACCUGUUGAUAUUAAUAUUAUUCGAGGUAUUGACACGAGAAAACCAAGUAGCCUUAGAGCACCUAGUGAACAAUGGUCAGGAGAAGCUACUAGAAUAUCAGGUUUUGUGGUAGAAGAAACUAGAGUGGAUGUUACUAUUGGAGACGAAUCUCCAGAUGACAAUGCGGCGAAUCACAGAAAGGAGAGACCUAUAUGGAUGACAGAAAGCACAGUUAUUAAUUCUGAUGGUUCACAGCCUGAUGGUGUGAAUACACAAGAAAGUAUCUUGAAUAAGGCUGCAGCCACUGCCACGAAUAUAACUACAACAAAUAAUAAGCAGGGCGAUGAUAUCAUGUCGGUGCUAUUAGCUCACGAAAAGAAAGGUGGUACUAAUUCCAUGGCAUCCAUUAAAGCAGCACUUCCACAGGAAUCCAGUGACAGUAGUGAUAAUGAGGAAGAUGUUGAAAUGCAAACUAUUGAUACUGGUGAAGUGGAAAUGAUUGAUUCUGAAGACGAUGAGCUUGUACCAACCGUUAGUGUUGGCGGUAAAACCGUCGCGAUCACUGAUGUUAAUGAUACUCUAAUUGCAGAAAUGACAUCAAUAGAGAAGGAGGCUUAUAUUCAAACGUAUCAAGAAUAUUAUUCACACAUGUAUGAUUAAGCAAAGAACAAUAAGUGUCUUCAUGAUAAAUGCUCUAUAUAAGACUGAUAUUGAUUUGAUAUCUCUCUCUCGUCGUUUCCUGUAAUAUUUUAUAUAAUCAUAAAAUGUGUAUAAUUUUUGAGAAUAUAGUAUAGUGAUCUUUU